GCCGUUUGGAGAAAGAGAAAAUUUGGGACCCUCUACUAAGAAAAGUAUCUUCCAAAUUAGCUGUCCAACAGCUCCGACCAGUCUGUUCUCUUUUGCUCUUCUCACACACACACAAACAUAACAUCUCCUCCAUUUUCUCUCUUCUCUCUUUUUAUAAGAACUCUUCUUCUUCUUCUUCUCUCUCAAUUCCAUCUCUCUCUCUCUUUCUAGUUCUUGUUCCCUUUCGAAUCAAGUGAUCAUGGCUCAAGAAGAGAUACAGAAACCUACUGCCUCUGUUCCAGUGGUUAAGGAGGAAACUCCUGCCCCGGUUAAGGAGGUUGAGGUGCCGGUUACUACGGAGAAAGCUGUGGCUGCGCCUGCUCCGGAAGCUACGGAGGAGAAAGUUGUGUCUGAGGUGGCGGUGCCUGAAACAGAGGUGACGGCGGUGAAAGAGGAGGAGGUUGCGACGGGAAAGGAGAUCUUGCAAUCGGAGUCGUUUAAGGAGGAAGGCUAUUUGGCUUCUGAAUUACAGGAAGCUGAGAAGAAUGCUUUGGCUGAGUUAAAGGAGUUGGUUAGGGAGGCUUUGAACAAGCGUGAAUUCACCGCGCCACCGCCACCACCAGCUCCGGUAAAGGAAGAGAAAGUUGAGGAGAAGAAAACAGAGGAAACAGAGGAAAAGAAGGAAGAAGUUAAAACAGAGGAAAAAUCUCUUGAGGCUGAAACCAAAGAAGAGGAGAAAUCUGCUGCUCCGGCCACCGUAGAGACCAAGAAAGAAGAGAUCUUGGCCGCUCCGGCUCCGAUCGUCGCAGAGACCAAGAAGGAAGAGACACCAGUUGCUCCUGCUCCGGUAGAGACUAAACCGGCUGCUCCGGUCGUUGCAGAGACAAAGAAGGAAGAAAUAUUACCAGCUGCUCCGGUCACCACAGAGACCAAGGUGGAAGAGAAAGUCGUUCCAGUAGAAACCACACCGGCUGCUCCAGUCACCACAGAGACCAAGGAAGAAGAGAAAGCCGCUCCGGUCACCACAGAGACCAAGGAGGAAGAGAAAGCAGCUCCGGGAGAGACCAAGAAAGAAGAGAAAGCAACCGCCUCUACUCAGGUCAAGAGGGCCUCAAAAUUUAUUAAAGAUAUAUUUGUCUCAGUCACCACUAGCGAGAAGAAGAAGGAAGAAGAGAAACCAGCAGUAGUAACAAUCGAGAAGGCUUUCGCAGCUGAUCAAGAAGAAGAAACAAAAACCGUUGAAGCAGUCGAAGAAUCAAUCGUCUCCAUCACUCUUCCAGAGACAGCUGCAUACGUAGAGCCAGAAGAAGUCUCAAUCUGGGGAAUCCCACUUCUAGAGGACGAAAGAUCCGACGUGAUCCUCCUCAAAUUCCUCCGUGCACGUGACUUCAAGGUCAAAGAAGCCUUCACGAUGCUGAAAAACACCGUCCAAUGGCGCAAAGAGAACAAGAUCGACGACCUAGUCUCAGAAGAUCUUGAAGGAAGCGAGUUUGAGAAGUUGGUGUUCACUCACGGUGUCGACAAACAAGGACAUGUCGUGAUCUAUAGCUCGUACGGUGAGUUUCAGAACAAGGAGAUUUUCUCAGAUAAAGAGAAGCUUAGCAAGUUUCUCAAAUGGAGGAUUCAGUUCCAAGAGAAGUGUGUGAGGUCUCUUGACUUUAGCCCUGAGGCUAAGUCAUCGUUCGUGUUCGUUAGUGACUUCAGGAACGCUCCUGGACUUGGUCAGAGAGCAUUGUGGCAGUUCAUUAAACGCGCCGUUAAGCAAUUCGAAGAUAACUAUCCAGAGUUUGUCGCUAAAGAGCUGUUCAUUAAUGUCCCAUGGUGGUACAUUCCUUACUACAAAACAUUCGGAAGUAUCAUUACAUCGCCAAGGACAAGGAGCAAGAUGGUCCUUUCUGGUCCAUCCAAAUCCGCUGAGACCAUUUUCAAAUACGUAGCUCCUGAAGUAGUCCCGGUUAAGUAUGGUGGACUCAGCAAAGAUAGUCCAUUCACCGUUGAAGAUGGAGUCACCGAGGCCGUAGUUAAAUCGACAUCUAAAUAUACCAUUGAUUUGCCUGCUACAGAGGGUUCCACGCUCUCAUGGGAGCUUAGGGUUUUGGGUGCGGACGUGAGCUACGGAGCUCAAUUUGAGCCAAGCAAUGAGGCAAGCUACACCGUGAUUGUCUCUAAGAACCGGAAGGUCGGUUUAACUGAUGAACCGGUGAUAACCGAUUCUUUCAAGGCAAGUGAGGCGGGAAAGGUCGUGAUCACGAUUGACAACCAAACCUUUAAGAAGAAGAAGGUGCUCUACAGGUCCAAAACCCAAGCAUAAGAUUAUGUGUCCGAUCUUUGAAUGAAUGAAGAAACAAGAAAGAUGGUUGGGAAUUUUAAUUCAUUUAAUUUAGUACGUUUAUUCAUUUGUGUAUUUUUGAAACCUAAAAGAAGGUUUGUGUUUUAUGGAUGGUUUUGAUUUGUUUUGGUGAUGGGAUUUUUUUUUGUUGAUGAUUCUUAUAUAUACAAAAUAUUUGUGUGCCAAUGUGAUUACCAUUCAAUUUUUUUGCUAUGUGUGUAAAUUUGAACUUAUAUUAGUCUUUUUCUACUGUGGUUGUGUCAAGUUUUGUUCCUUUCGGACCGUUAUUCUUGGUUCUUUUAGACAAUUA